GAAAGCAGAGUGGUAGCACGUUUUUGGUCUUUAAACGAAAAGAAGUUUGCACUACAUACAUACAAACAUAAGUUUCUGUAACCCGGUUGUAACACAACGGUUGAAUCUCGCAAAAUAUGACAAACUCAAUAAAACGCAAUUUAAAGUAUAUUUUUAUGUUCACUAAAAACAGAUGACUUUAAUACAAUGUUUCAAAUUUACUUGCACGUGUACACACAGAUAAAUUAAACGCGAAUAAAAAAUUUGACAUACAUAUGUGACGUAUGCUCAAAACAUAAAUGUGAAUAUAUAGUAUAUAUGUAUAUACAUAGGUGGUCAUUCAUAGUGCAGACUAAUAAAAUAUCUUUUCUUAAUCACACAUGUACAUAUAUACAACAAUAAUUAUAAAAUCGGCAUCAGUGUGAUUUAGAAAUUAUAAAAUUAGAAGAAAUAUUGAUCCUUACUAUUUUUAAAUGGACACAAGCUCCAAUAUGAAUUACUUCCAAUAAAUUUACAUCACAUAAUUCUGUUUUGCAGUGGCAUUAUAUACAUACUUAUUAUUAACAAAAACUGCAUUAUUCAGUUGUGUUAGAUAUUUUUGCUACAUGCGUACGAACGCCUCCUCAAUUGUGAACUUUUCGUGCUUUAAUCCAAUAUCGAUUUUUACUUAACAAUCAUUGCGAUUAAAUACUAUGAAUUGAAUGAGAAAAUAUAUAUAAAUAUAUAGAUUACUAAAACAUUAUUGACCAAUGAAAAAAGAGAGGAUAUAUUCAGGGGUUUCGUCCGGCAAUAACAUAAAACAACAUACAUAAAUGUGGGACUUAUAAUGCCAGUGUUCAAUGUUUAGCUGCUCCACAUAUCAAUAAGUAAUAUUUCAACUUUAAUACAUUAUAAGGGGUUUCCUUAUUAAAGACCGCAAGAAACCCAAGGAUGUGCUCGGUAUCACCAAAUUUAAUACCAAUGGAACAAAAGCAAGAAAUUUCGUUACCAGAAAAACUUACAAUUCACCAACAACAUCAUCAACAGUACGCUUUGAAGUGGAGCGAUUUUCAUUCAUCUAUUCUUAACUGCUUUCAACGCUUGCGUGAUGAAGAAGACUUUGUGGAUGUUACUUUGUCUUGUGAUCAGCGAUCUUUUAAUGCUCAUAGAGUAGUACUUAGUGCCUGCAGUCCUUACUUCCGGAAGCUAUUGAAAUCAAAUCCAUGCAAACAUCCGAUUGUAAUUUUACGAGAUGUUCACUCUGAGAACAUGGAAUGUCUGUUAAGUUUCAUGUACAAUGGUGAGGUAAAUGUAAGGCAUGAUCAACUACCCGAUUUUUUGAAAACUGCGCAUUUGUUGCAAAUUCGAGGCUUAACCGACGUUUCUGAAAGCUGGCAUUCUUCUGGAUUUAUUUCUUCAGAAAAAAAACCCAUUGAUACUUCCUUAGAUACUAAAUGUAAGCGUGAUUUCGAUAAAGACAUUUGUGAAGUAAACUCUGCUGAGAAAUGCAGUUUUUUUCCAAAUUCAAAGCCAACUUCCGAACGUCCAAUUGCGUCCACAAUGGUGACCAACUACAGUAGCAGUACAAGCAAUAACGCACCACUUAUGAAGGAAUCAAAAACAUCUGCCACAGCAUGCCUUCAAUGGGAUAACACCGAUGUGAUUCGGAGUCGUAAAAACCAUUUAACGCCACCACCUCAAAAACGUAUAAAAAGUGCAGACUUGUUUCGUGCCCAACAUGGCAUUGGUUCGGAACGUGCUCUGUCUGAAAGAGAGUUUCCUGCGAUUGUACAACAUUCAUUUACUCGCGAUCGAAAGCAUUUCAUAAGUGACUGCGAUCAAAGUAUAGGAACUAAUGAAAAUAACAUGGAACCAUCAAUGAAUGAAGAAAAAACUCUACAAAAUCAACAUAUAGAUAUCGAAUCGAUGGGUGAUGAAAGCGCCGACGAUAAGUCUAACAGCAGCGAUGAGGAGACUUUAGAGCGGAUAGAUAGACAUCCUGAGAUUAAUGACUCAAUGGACCCUCCACGCCCUGCGACGCAUAAUACGUUUCUACGAGUUCCAAAAACUUUAGAGCAACAUCCUAUUUUAAAUUUAAACGAUUUUGCGCAUCCUGGUGAAAUAUCGAGCAAACUUAAGACUUCACAUCCGUAUUCAACAAUUCUCUGCAACAGUUUCUGGAAUACGAAAUAUGAAGACAUACCUGGAAAAGAAAACGGCUAUAGUAGCAGUUCUGGUGAUCAAAACAAUUUAUCUAUAGAUAGUUUUGUGGCAAAAUCGACAGCUUUGUCAUUAAUGGUAAAAACUGCACGUUUAAAAAAUAAGCCAACUAUUUUUCAAGAGAUGGUUAUUAAGGAAGAACAUCAACAGCAUCGUCACAAUAGUCAACUUGAACAUAAUGACCCAAAACCACGUUACCCUCGAUUUCAUCAAGAAGAGCAACAGCAAUAUAACAAUCGUUAUGAAAAACAAUUACCGUUAUAUGAAUAUCUUUGCGGACUCCAGAAAGCAGCAACUAAACACCAAAACACUUUGGAUACCAACUUGAUGGCUAAAACUUUUGCGUUUAGUGACGACACCGAUUUGCCAGAGACUCCAACAUCAGUUUCAAAUGAUCAAGACAUUACUUAUAGCACUAAUAACAGUUAUGUGCUGCCUUGCCCUCUCUGCAAAACUCCGUUAGAGCAGGAACUAUUCCGACAGCAUUUGGAUGGUCACUAUCCCCGUGAUAGCCCUAUUUGUCCAGUUAUAGAAUGCGGUCGUCGGUUUGCCCAUCCGAAUUCCGUACGGAAUCACAUGCGUAUUAAGCACACCCAACAAUGGGCUAAAAUGAAAGUAAUGCGUUCGUCUGCUGGACCAUUGCCUAGUGGACUGGAUUUAAAAAAAAAAUGAACUCAGCGUUCGGUUGAAAUACGUGUGCGCGCAACAGAUCCACGCCCAUGCCCAAAAUGUGGCAAAAUUUAUAGAUCUGCUCACACACUUCGUACUCAUCUAGAAGAUAAGCAUACGGUCUGCCCAGGAUACAGAUGCGUUUUAUGUGGUACUGUUGCGAAAUCUCGGAAUUCGCUACAUUCACAUAUGUCCCGGCAACAUCGAGGCAUAUCCACGAAAGAUUUACCAGUGCUACCGAUGCCAUGUGCGUUUGAUCCAAUUUUAGCUUCACGCUUACUAGCCAAGGCUGGAGUAAAAAUUUCACCAGAUGACCUACAUGAUCGUGCCUCAUCCGCUAACAGUAACAGUGCAAGUGGACCAGAUUACUUCUACAGUAAUCAGAAUAAUAUUGGGACUUGUGAAAAAAGUGUAGAAUCUGACGACGAUCCUGAGGAUUUAACAGCUGGCAGUGCAAGCUUUUGUGGCGCUUCUACCGGAGAUGACGUAAAACAAAAAAGCUUAUUAGAUAUUGAACAUGCUAAUACCGCUAUUGCUCGUAUUAGAAGUGAAGCCGCGAUUGCUGCUGCGGCUGCUGCGUUUAGCAAACAAAAAGAAUUAUCCAGCAGCCACUCAACAACGAACCAGCCUCUUUUAGAUCUUCAUCUCUUGCAGUUUUUAACUGAAAAUACUUUUGGUAUGGGAAUUUCGCAGGAACAUGCAACUGCUGCUACUUUGCAUGCAGCAAAAAUGGCGCAUUUAAAUGCAAUUGGUCAAAGCUUCGAGAAUAUGCCACCUACAUUGAUGCACCCACAUCUUGAUUUGUCUAAAGAUUCCAUUACAAAGGAUGCAUUUACGAACAAAGGGUGUCGACCAGCAGGGCUUCCUACUGAACCUAUUUUAAGGCAGCAACUUUCAAGCGGAACUUCGCUUGGAGAAAAUAUUCAAAUACUUGCUGAAUCAAUGUCAAAGGAGCAAAAUCCAUCCGAUGUCUCUCCUUCCAUAAAUGAAUGCCAAUCAAAAGAAGGCCCACAAAAUUUAGAUAAUAAAAAUCAAACGCUAUAUAAGGAUGUAUGUAAUUUUGAGCAUGAAAAAAACAAUUUUGAAGGAAAAAUAUCGCCAAAAGCAUAAAGAUAUUUUAAAUUUAGAGUUAAGCUGGAAGUACUACUAUUGAUAUAAGAAAUAUACAAGUAACCAUGCAGGUCACAUUCAAACAUCCGUAAACAAAGACAAGCCUUAAACAUGUAUACCAAUUAUUUUAUGCAAGUUUGUAUGUAUGCAAUAUUAUUGAGUUAAUAAAAUUUUAAUCAAGAACACAA